AUGUUAUGCUACAUCUGUCCUGAGGAAGUAAUCCUCAACGAGAUUUCAUCCGUCAACAAGAAAGGCCCGGUCAAGACCAGCUCCCACUCAAUCUCACAAUCUUCCGCCGCCAUUCUAAACCCUCGAUUUGGCCGUAUCAAUCUUGUCUCUCCCACCUCUACAAUGGCUACGAGUCUAGAGAAUUUCGAUGACUGCGUUCCAAAUGACAAAGCCAGCUUCUACAAGCUUUCUCGAGAAGUCCGCGACGAAGUCUACCGUUACCUUUUUCAAAGGUUCACCGCUACCGGCGGUGUAGGAUACGAUCCCGAUGGCGUCGACUUCAGCAUCCUUCGAGUCUCGAAAACUCUCAGCCAAGAACCGAUCGGGGUGUUGUACGCAGAAAGCAUCUUCGAGUUCUACCUCAACUUUUCUGAAGACGGACCGUGUACACAAUACGCCAUAAAAGUCACUGGUCGCAUGAUGAAGCUCAAGUACCAUAUGUUUGGCCUCGGCGCCCCCUUCCAGAGCCCAUUCGACCUUUCGCGCCUGUCGCGACCCUACUUGGAGAACAUGAAAGAUAUCUGCGACAGUACCAUCGACCAUUUCACCAGCACGGACAUCACGCGCCACUCUAUGCAGAUCAUACUCCGUGUGACCAGGGAGCUCGACGACACGCUAUCGAGUCCACUGUUCCUCGCCAUGAAUAGGCUUGAAGGGUUCCGAACAGUGAGAGUUGAACUCCGUUCGUCUUUACCAAUUUUCGAGAGAAAGGACCCCCAGCACGCAAGCGACCACUUGAACGAGGGAUUACAGUCGGUCGAGGCACAUCUUGAACCUUCAUGGGACCUGCUACCCUAG